AUGGGGAGGUUGAAUGCUUUACAAGAAAAAGAUGACACGGGCCGAAAUAAACCCCUUUGCACUGGGACUUGCUGUAAAUAUGUACUCACUACUGCAUCACUUAUACUUCUGUAUUUUUCACUAUCCAUCGGAUUGACUUUUUACCAAAGAUGGCUUUUACAGAGAUUAAAAUUUCCACUUUUCGUUACGACAGGACAUUUGUUUUUGAAAUUUUUAACAGCAUUAGUUUUUAGAGUCACAUAUGAAUGCUUUACAAAAAAACCAAGAGUGACGCUAUCUUGGUACAAUUACAUAACAAAAGCAGCUCCAGUUGGUCUUGCAAGCGGUUUCGAUGUUGCUUUUUCUAACUGGGGUUUAGAAUUAAUAACUGUUUCCUUAUAUACAAUGACUAAAUCAUCUGCCAUCAUAUUCAUAUUAAUUUUUUCAUUAAUAUUUAAAUUGGAAAAAAAAUCUUGGAAAAUAAUAAUAAUUGUCUUAAUGAUAUCUGGUGGCCUUUUAAUGUUCACCUACAAGUCAACCCAGUUUAAUUUAGUAGGAUUUAUUUUAGUUCUUCUAGCAACAUUUUCCAGUGGACUUCGAUGGACCUUGGCACAAUUACUUAUGCAAAAAUCCAAAUUAGGAUUGUCGAAUCCUCUCGACAUGAUGUAUCACGUUCAACCAUGGAUGUUAGUCAUGGUGUUACCUUUUGCCCUGUGCUUCGAGGGUUUGGCAGUUGCAAGUAGUUCAAAAUUUUUUAAUUUUACUCGUUUGAAUGAAUUAACUUAUUCAAUAUGGGCGGUUGUGAUUGGUGCUUUCGUUGCGUUUUGUAUGGAACUCUCUGAAUAUUUACUCGUGUCUUGCACUUCUAGUCUAACGCUAUCCAUAGCUGGUAUAUUUAAGGAAUUGUGUACCUUGAUAUUAGCCGUAGAGUGGAACGGGGAUCAAAUCAGCCACAUAAACAUAAUCGGAUUAUUAUUUUGCUUGGGCGGUAUAUCAUUACACGCGGCACUUAAAGCCAUAGCAACAUCCAACAGCAUAAACGAUUCAUCCGAAAGCGACAACGAAAUAUCAUUUAUCGCGGGAGAGGGUCAAGAAUUACGAAUGCCCCUUCUAGCAGAAGAAUCAUCAUUUUCAAACAGCCUCGUUUUCAGCGAAAGCGACAGCGAUGAAAACUCUGAAGUUUUGUUUAGCGUUCUCAAAAGCAGAGAUAAAACAACUUACGAAUUGGACGAUAAACUUAUAUAA